UAUGUUCCAUCGCUGUGUGGCGCUUUGGUGGGCAGGUUCGCUCUCUUGGGAAGUUAUUGUGGCACGUAGAUAUCAGAGGAAACUCGGUUGCAAUGCAGAUCCUCACACCUCACGUUUACUGGGCGCAGCGGCACGGAGAGAUCUAUCUCCGGGUGGAGCUCAGCGAUACCAAGAAUCUUGAAAUCAACCUGCAAAACAACACAAUUCAGUUCAGAGCACUAGGACAUGGAGCUAGAGGAGAUAAUGAAUACAAGUUUAGUUUAGAGUUCUUGGAAACCAUCAGACCUAAGAUUGAACACAAGUCAACACAGCAUCAGGUUGACAUCAAAAUCAAGAAGCAGGAAGAGCGCUGGUGGGACCGUCUGACGCUACAGGAGAAGAAGCCUCUAUUUCUGGCUCCAGACUUCAACCGCUGGCUGGAUGAGUCUGAUGCUGAGAAGGAGCUUCAGGCUAAGGAGGAAGAACAGAUCAAGAAGAUACAUGUGGAGUCAAGAAUUCAGAAAGACCUCCACCUCGGCCUGAAGAAAGGCUACUUAUUUAUGUACAAUCUGGUGCAGUUCCUUGGAUUCUCCUGGAUCUUUGUCCACAUGACCGUACGGCUCUUCAUUCUUGGUCAAGAUUCAUUUUAUGAUACCUUCCACGUCACAGCUGAUGUGAUGUACUUCUGUCAGAUGAUGGCCGUGCUCGAGGUGAUUAACCCCUUGUUAGGCUUGGUCAAAACUGGCUUUUUCCCCGCCAUGAUACAGGUAGCAGGGAGGAAUGUCAUUUUAUUUGUCAUCUUUGGCUGCUUGGAAGAGAUGCAGAAAAAACCUGUCGUCUUCUUCGUGUUCUACCUGUGGAGCACCAUUGAAGUCUUCAGGUACCCUUUCUACAUGCUGGCCUGCAUUGGCACGGAGUGGAAGCUGUUGACAUGGCUCAGAUACAGCCUUUGGAUCCCACUGUACCCACUUGGGGUUGUGGCUGAAGCGGCUGCUGUGAUCCAGUCCCUCCCCAUCUUCGAUGCAACACAGCUGUUCAGCCUCCCUCUGCCUGCACUGCUGGGACACUACUUCAGCUUCUCAUAUACUCUGCAGCUCUACCUGGUUCUCCUGUUCUUGGGACUCUUCAUCAAUUUCCGAUAUCUAUACAAGCAGAGGAGGAGACGUUACCGAUCAAGGAAAAGGAAAGUUCACUAAUGAAGCAGCUCAUAUGAUGAGCUGCAAUAUUUGUUUCUUUUUGUCAUUGAUACAUACUCCUUUCCUUAUUCCUCCUUUGCCUGGAUGUUUUAUAUGGCGUUUUAUUUUAAUUUGGUGUUUCCUACAUGCCUCUAUUUAGAUUUCCACUCUACAGGUAAUUGUUUGACUGGCUCAUGUUUUGUUUAUUGUUUUCUAUGAGAGAGGUAAGCGUAAUUAUAGUCAGGGAGGUGCAUAACUAUUUUGAUCUCGUUCUCAAAGGGGCAUCAGAGGUUGUUGGUGCAAGGCUUUUGCCUUACCCACCAACAUCACUGUAUGAACUUAAAGUAGGCAUGUGUGUAAAAUUUCAAAGAUGAAUUGAUUUACGUGAGACCAGCAUGAUGAGACCGAUCUUUUAAAGACGAAUCCAGAUAUGUGUGAUUUUCUUGCGGUGGAUACACACUAUUUUUAUUUUUUAUUCUUAUAUUACAGUACGAGACUGUGCAAUCAGCUGAUAUGGCUCAGUUGUCUUGGACAGCAGCCCGCAGUAUUUUAUGCUCCACAGACCAGUUUCCUUUAAAGACGUCAUCGUAGUCCCUCCGCGCUCAUGAGCCACCGUCGCCACCUCACAAGUGGUGCCGUUUGCGGCUGAGUUUCUUGUGUGGCACACGCAGCUGAGCUCAACUGAACUAAGAAAGGAACAAAUCUGUUCAUGAAGGGAUUCCAAUCAGUACGUUUACUCAACAGAUUCAGUCUUUUGAACAAGUCGUCCGCGAACGACACAACACUACUGGUGGCGUCCCCCCAUCCACCACCAAAAACAAAAUGUAAAGUUCUCGGCACGCAGUGACACAUGAAUCUGGUGUGCUUUUAGUAUUUUCAAUGUACAUGCACACCUGUGCACCACUUAUGUGCAAAUUUAUUAUAGUAUUAUUUACAUUCAAGAAAAUAUCCAGUAAUUCUUUUUUUGUUUUUUGUUUUGUUUUUUUUUGCCUAUUUGGCGUACAUGAUCAUUUUUCGGCUCUUCGGUCUGUGAGACGAGCGAUACUUCUGUCAUCUUGUAAAAGAAAGCUGGCAGGUUGAACCCUCCAUCACCGGCAUAAAUGAAUUGGUAAAGAGUAGGCUUUACACGAUCGGGGUUUUGGGGUCACCGAGUUUUAAAAAAAAAAAACGAUAACCGAUCACCGGUCUGAUCACAAGAUGGAGCAAUGGGUCUAUUUAAAUGACUUGUUCAUUUACUUAAUUGCUCGAAAAAUUGUUGAGAAGAAAUACAUUUUUGUUCAUCUAUUUAUGUCAGUGAGGCAUAGUGACAGACAGAACAAAUAAUUGCUCUUCUAUUAGAUGGCAGGAAGUACAUACAGUAAUUCAUGUAUCCAAUUUUUGUAACAUUUUGGUUGGUGUGCCGUGUGAUUUUUCAAUUGUAAAAUAUGUGCCUUGGCUCCAUAAAGGUUACAUUACUUCACACCACCGGAACUUUAGAGCAUGAUUCGACAGAACGCCGGUACAACCGUUAGUGCUAGCACUAGCUUGCUAGGCUACAUAACGUUUUGUUGUCUGCUUGCGAGCCGUAUCGUAUUAAAAGUAUGUGAAUAUACCUCAAGCAAUCCUUGAAUUAAAGUCCUCUCCCGAGCACCGGUGACCACAAACACAUGUUUAUCCCCAUUUAGUUCUUAUAAUACACACAACGCGAUCGAUUGUUGUUGUCGUGGCCGUGGAAACGAGCGUAUCCGGUCGCGUUUGAGUUGACAAGAUAAAGCCCAGUGAUCGUAAAAGAAGGGAUGCGGUGGUAUUAGAAUACAAGAUUUUGCAGUAGUCUGAAAUCGUGAAAGACCAAAUUUGUCUUGUAGUCUGAUCCGGGCAUUACAUGUUGUCUGUUUCAGAUGUGUUGUCUGUCUCACACCGCCGACGUGUUUUUUUUUUUUUUUUUUUUUUUUAAAUAACUUUUUUGGCGGCCAGAUAUUUACAGUACUAUGUCAAAAGACACGUGUCAAGGCUAAAAAUAAACUAGCUUUUGGAUUCAAACAUACCGUACAUGAUGGCGACGCGGAGUAAAUGUCUUUUGCGGAGCAGAUCAACGAUGUCAUUGAUCGGAUCGGCCCGAAGAGGCUGGUAGCACGGUUGCUAAUAACUGCAACAGAAAAGGAUGGGGCGCUUGCAGAUUUCAACUUUGUCAACACAGCAUUUCCAUUAUGACACUCGUUGUUGUCAACCAUAAGAAAUGUUAAUAUUUUUUAUAUAUGCUGAGCCUUUAUUUUGUGUAAUAUUUAUUCAUAUUAAAUUAAGAUUUUACUUUUUGUUAUGUGUUUUACCCUGAGUAACAGUUAGGUGUUUUGGUUGUUGAAUGCUGUUUGUAUUAUCUUUUAUUCUUGGGAAACUAAAAUAAAAAAAGUCAUUUAGGAAGUAGUUGCGUUUUCCAAAGAAAACAAAGUAGAGCUGUAAACUAAAGGUUAGAUGGUCAGAAAUUGAUUUGAAAAAAACAGAUGUUUGUGCGUUCUGUCUUGCUCAUAGGAUGCUGUUCUCCAUUUCUUUAUGAAACCAAAAAGAUGUAUUAUGAUAAGGUAUAGUGUUUAAAUAUGCUUUAAAGUUUGUAUUUAUACUGAUACAAAAAAAUAUCAUAUACACUAAUAUGCUAAUCUUUUUUUGGGGGGUGGGGGUCACCAUCAGCUGUUGUUAUGACAACCAAUUUUCUGUAGCAUUGUAUGCGUGUACCCUGCUUCUCACCCAAAGUCUGCUCGGAUAGGCUCCAGUCCGCCUGCUUGGAAUACGGAAGCUGGAUAGACGGAUGGAUGAAACAAAUGAAUUUAUUCAGUAUAUUCAGUUAGUCAGACUCAACAUUGCUGAAUGUAAAUGUAACCAAAGGAAGCAUAUCGCAGCACUGCCACCUCACGCUUGUGUGAAGUAGACAGAACUGGACUCACCUUCAGUCCGUCACAACGACUGCAUGACCUUAUUCCACUGUUCAAGAGUAGUAGGACGUAAUGAAGUAUGAAUACUUUGUGUUUCACUUGAGUAUUUAUUUUCCUGAUGACCUUUUACUUUUACUCCCUACAUUUGAAAACAUCUGGACUUUCUACACCAUGCUUUGUCCAAAUAGGCUUGUUUCUUUUUUCCCAACCUAAGAGGAUGAUGCGACAACGUAAAAAAAGACAGAGAGAGGCACAGCCAACUGCAGUUGAGCUCUUGAUUGAUUGAAAUCUCUGGGACUAUUAUAAAAAAAAAAAAAAAAAAAAAAACGGACUGGAGGAGAAGUAUAAACAACAAUGAUGCAACAGAUAUUGAGAUGCAAGAUAUUCCCCAUGGCCAUGGAUAGUUAAUAACGUUGAAUGACUGAUUCGUGGUAAAUGCGCUGUCUUGUGCCAGCCUAACCUUCUGCCGUUAAAUUUUUCUGUCUCAUCUGGGAAAAAAAAAAAAAAAAAAAGUACAGAUAAGGUGUAUAAUUUGGCAUUUUUGUUGUUUUGUUUUGCUUAUGCCAGAUGUGCUCAGUCCUGAUGAUCCUGUCAGAUUUUAGCAUGCAGUAAAGCUAAUAAAAGAGAAAAAAAAACUAAUUUGUGAGUGGCCACUUUAUUCCCAAGUCAUCCAAAUUAAUAGUGUGUAUAAUUGACAGUAAAAGAUUAUUCUCUUGUACUUAAGUACAUUUCAGAGUUCGGACUUGAUGAUUAUUUGGAUUCGAUGGCGAACCAAAACUCUUUAAAAUGAAAAUAAUACAAAGUCUACAGGCCAC